GUUAGAUAUACUAAAAAAGGCUACAGAAUCUUGGCGAUAGAGCUGAUCUCGAAGAAUAUGAACCCCGUGGUGGAGGAAUUUCGACGGGCCGAACUGUCCUGCAUUAUUUCGACCACCAAAACAGCCAACCCCAGGAUCGAGUGGAAGAAAAUUGCCAGCCAAGGCACGACUUAUGUGUAUUUUGACGGCAAGAUGCAGGGAGACUGGGUAAACCGCGCCCAGCUCAGCAGCAGGACGUCGCUGACCAUCUAUAACGUCACCCGAGCUGAUAAAGGUGUCUACCGGUGUGAGGUGGUAGCCCCGGAUGAUGCCAAUCUUGGCGCCGAAAUCAACGUUAACCUGACCGUUCAUGUGAAACCGGUGACCCCCAGGUGCCGGGUGCCCCAAUCUGUCCCCGUGGGGAAACCAGCCACCCUCUACUGCCAAGAGAAGGAAGGGUUCCCAGAGCCAACCUACAGCUGGUACCGUAAUGAUGAAACGUUGCCGCUUGAUUCCAGAUCCAACUCUAAGUUCCAGAACUCUUCUUUUACAGUGGACCCCAAAACAGGCAUGUUG